AUGGGCCGACAAGCUUAUUUGACCCGGCUCGCUUUGGGCCGGUCACCAUACGAAGCUCCCGAUCAUGCGGAGGUUGACCCCUCAAAUCCAGUCCGACGGAUUUCCAACAUUCAUGCAGAUAAUUACAUGCAGCAGUAUGAUAUUCGAGGGCAUCCAGUAAAUCCCGAGUCAAGGAGUCUCGGGAGAGAUCUCCGGAGAGCCAAGAACGACAUACUUUCAACCAUGGGAAUCGUCGUCAGCAGAGAAAACCGAAAGCCCACUAGUCCCGUCGAACAGCAAAAGAUCGAUCAGGUCGAGAAUGAAACUGACUUCGGAUUGGUCAUAACAACUUUCGAUCAAGUGUUCGUCUUUCUAGGUAGCUGGUGGACCUCAUCACUCACUGGCCGAAUACAGACCUACAAGCAUUAUGCGCAUUCUGCCUUACUCGAUGUCAUAAAAUUCGAAAGAGACACUAUGGGAUUUUUCAGGUUCCAUUUCGCAGGUAUCCCUGCCUGGGCAAUGUCAAGUGGAUUGGCUCUAGCUCGUGAAAAUCCCCUGAGGCGUGUUUUUAUUCCUCUCCGAGACUAUGUCCAGUCUUUGACAGGUAACUCACAAGCGGUUCGCCGUAUUUUCGGCUUGGUGUACACAGUGGCGAGACAAUUCGUGCUGAUGUUGUCUGUCGAGUUUUACAUGUAUUCUACACUGCAAUCGCUUGCCCUUGUGUCUCCUGUUUCCAUCCCCGGUAUCCACCUUCUGCUUCCUUUUGGUAGGGAAUCUUUGCUGCAACUACCGCAGCUUCCCACUGAUUUCUCCCCUCACUCACUGGGUACGUGGGCGGUGGGUUUGUUGACCUCACCUGGUGUUUUGGUGUAUCUCUAUGGAUACUACUUGCGGCCAGGGCUUGAAGAGCGAAUUUAUCGAUUGAUUAGACGACAUCUCCCAAAGCCCGCUCUCCCAGAUGAGCUUUCGGUCCGGAUUGCCUACGAAGACAAUCUGAUAGAGUGGGUGGUGCCGACGCUGGGCCGCAGGUCAGACGAAGAAUUGCAUCGUGCCAAACUCACACUGUUGGAAGAUAUCAAGUAUGAACUGGCAGUUUUCCGGAGGUGGGUGUCGUCAAUUUUCGGACUGAGAUCGACUAUAGUGGCGGACGAUCCAGCUCGCCAGCUCACUACAGACGAACGAAUUGAAAAUCUCCGCAAUUCGAUUCGGCAGUUACAAAAUGAACUUGAUGGAGUUCACAUCGACCUUGGUGAACAAGCACCGAGUGAUCCUGUGGCUCGUCCGCCGGGUGUCACUCCCGAAACUCAGCUGGCGGACGAUCAAGCUCCCCGGAUCAUGACGGUUGAAGAACGAAUGCAGCUGCUCCGCCGUUCGACUGAGUGGUUUCCGCCUCCGCCUCCUGAUGGACUUCCCACCGACCUUGGUGAACAAGCACCGAGUGAUCCUGUGGCUCGGUCGCCCAGUGUCACUCCUGAUACCCAGCUUGCCGCCACUGCAGCUCGACCACGACCACGACCACGACCACAGGAUUCAGUCGAAUCCACCCAUUCCCGAGGCAAUUCGGUCUUUGGGUUAAACCAAGUGCUUACAAAUGAGGAUCGCAUGUCUGAGUCCCCUGGGGAAAUGAGCAAUGACUACUUCUCCGGGAUCGCGACUGCUGGGCCAACAAGGAACGGAGAGGCCAUCUCGAACAUGCAUGACCCGCAGCACCCAACAGAUCACUUGCAAAAUGGCGAACCUUUUGCGGUGGAUCGACAGCUUUCGCGAUCUAAUACUUUGUUUUCUCGCUCAUCAUCACCAGAAUCAUCGCCUCCUACUUCCCCCCGUGUCAGAGCGUCCUUGAUCCACCAGAGCUCCGACGUCAUCACGAUGCAGCUCGAGUUGCUGGGCAAUCGCAAUCUCAGCCCGCAACAACAAGCCUCAACCCUUGCCCGGCUCAAUGCGCUGACCGGCAAUAAUGUACCGAACGCAACUCCAGAUCCCACGGAUAGAGGAUCUAUUGCCGAGUCCCUCGAGGCAUUCUUAAUAAGCCAAGCCCAGGCUGAACUUGAGCGGCGGCGGCAGCAGCAGCUACAGCCGACAGCAGGUAUCGAUACCGAUGGCCUCACAAGUACGGCUGCCGGACCAUCUACAAUGUCCUCCCAAGUGGCAGCGCGAUAUCCGGCCCAAGCCACUCAAGACACUGGCCUUCCAACAUUAGCACCUAUCGGGGAGGCACUGCCAUCAUUAGAAUCCAUCGAGGAGGCAUUGCAGUCCCUUAUUCCACCUAACCCCCCAGUCCCGGAGGAAUCAAAUCAUGAGGACCCUCAUGAUGAACCACUCCCGGUCACAAACGCAAACCAAGAUGACCCUGUCGAGUCAGCGCUACCCCCUCUUACCUCUGGAGAAGUGGCGACGCCCUUCCACCGCGUGACCCUUCUUUCGACAUACCCAGUGGACUCUCUCGCGUCCCAUCUCUCCGCCACAAUCACCGGCAUUCUACUUGCUCCUCUUGAAGCACUUUAUCUCCGUUCAUUAACCCGAUCUUGGGUCAUGUCGCAUCCUUCUUGUGUUUCUUCUGCUUCGAACCUUCAUCCAGUGGGUCUUUGGUUUGGUGGGAGGUCUUGGUCAGACAUGGGCGCCUACUCUUACCGACUUGUUCUCAUGAGGGGGAUGCAAGUCGCAGUUAGAGUAGGAGUUUGGUGGUUCCUGGUGGGCUCGACAAUGAGAAUCGGAAGGAAGUUCUGUGGUUGGGGAACCUUGUGA